AUGUCUUCUGUCAACGUCUGGAUUCACUUCAAAAAUUCAAGAACAAUUUAUAUUCUGCGUGAUAAAAUGAUUAUCAAGAAGCUUCCAACAGUUCUGCAAAAGUUAAACGAGCAUAAUAUCGACUGGGAAAAGACCGAUACUGUUCUCAAUCAGCCACCAGUGGAGAUUCCAUUUCCGGAAGUAACAGGCCGUUUUCUGUUUGAAUACCUCCCAAAAUACAUCGUACCACUCGAGUUCCGAGCAAUCGUCCUGUCAGAAUAUCCAGAGAUUCGAGGAGUUGAAACAGACUUUCUGGAUCAAGUUCUGGAACUUGCAAAGUAUAUGAAAUGUGAAGUGUUCCGAAGCGUGCUCCUGAAUUUGAGAAUGGUCAAAGUUCUUGUGAAGGAUUUGAUUUGUGAAGUGGCGGUUCUCUUCAAGGAUUCUGAGAAUCCAUCCAUCAUCAAGGAGCGUGAAAUCAUCGAAAAGAGUCCAGUUCUCAUGAAAGCCAUCGCGGGAAAGAAUCCGGAUUGGACGACGACUGACAUCAAAAUCAAUACUCCACUCGAUAUUCCAUUCCCAAAGGCGGCCGGAGAGUUCGUGUUUGACAAUCUGCUCAAGUACACGCCACCAGCUGAAAUGGAUUUUGAAAAGAAGCCAGAAGACUAUCCGGAGGCCAACGCGAAGAGUGUGGAUGAGUUGAAGCCGAUUCUCGAGUUGGCCAGUUACAUGGAGUGCGAGGGAUUCAUGAGAUGCAUCGAGUUCGUCAUUGGAAAGAAGUUGAACGAGAUGCCGAUCGACUAG